AUGAUCCAAUUUUCAGUCAUUCCAGUGCGUGGCAAUUCAAUAGAUAUUCAUCCAAAUGCUCGAUGGAAACAAAAUGGUGUCACUGUAGCUGGAGGAAAUAGAGACGGCAAUGAAACCAAUCAACUCUCAUACCCAUUAGGUUUGUAUGUUGAUGAUGAUCAAACUGUCUAUGUCGCUGAUCAAUAUAAUCACCGUAUUGUGGAAUGGAAAUCAGGUGCGACGAAUGGCCAAGUCGUUGCCAGUGGAAAUGGGCAAGGAAGUGGGGCUCAUCAAUUGUCUCAACCAUUUGAUGUGAUUGUCGACAAAGAGAGAGAUAGUCUCAUCAUCUCCGACCGUUCAAAUAAAAGAGUGGUUCGAUGGCCUCUUCGAAAUGGUACAAAUGAAGAAACGAUAAUCUCGAACAUCGAUUGUCGAGGUUUGACAAUGGACGAGAAUGGGUCUCUCUAUGUCGUUGACAAUGAAAAAGAUGCAGUGAGACGAUAUCAAAAAGGAGAAUCUCAAGGAACAGUGGUUGCAGGCGGUAAUAGAGAUGGAAAUCGUCUGGAUCAGAUCUCUGAUCCAACAUACGUAUUUGUCGAUCGAGAUCAUUCAGUGUACGUAUCUGAAUAUGGAAAUAAUCGUGUGACGAAAUGGAUGGAAGGUGCCAAAGGAGGCGUUGUCGUGGCUGGUGGUCAAGGAGAAGGAAAUUAUCUUACACAAUUGUCAUAUCCUGAAGGAGUCGUUGUCGAUCGAUUGGGCACUGUCUAUGUGGCUGAUUUGGGGAAUGCUCGAAUCAUGCGCUGGCACAAAGGAGCCACACAGGGAAGUGUCAUUGUGAGUAGAACCGGUGGAGAAGGACGAUCGAACCAACUCAAUGAGCCCUCAGGUUUAUCAUUCGAUCGACAAGGUAAUCUCUAUGUCGCCGAUAACCCGCAUCAUCGAGUACAAAAAUUCGAUAUUGAAUUCAAUGGAUAA